UAUGCGCCCGCCCAUGGAGCCAGGGAGAGAACCCAGGCGUCCUGGCUCCCAGGCCCCCUGCUCUAACCACCAGCCCCCACUCCUCUCCCAGGGCUGGGGAGAGAACCCAGGCGUCCUGGCUCCUAGUCCCCCUCCCUCUAACCCACCAGCCCCCACUCCCUUCCUAGAGUCAGGGAGAGAACCCAGGAGUCCUGGCUCCUAGUCCCCCUCCCUCUAACCCACCAGCCCCCACUCCCUUCCUAGAGUCAGGGAGAGAACCCAGGAGUCCUGGCUCCUAGCCCCCCUUGUUCUAACCCACCAGCCCCCACUCCCCUCCCAGAGCCGGGGAGAGAACCCAGGAGUCCUGGCUCCCAGCCCCCCUGCUCUAACCACCAGCCCCCACUCCUCUCCCAGGGCUGGGGAGAGAACCCAGGCGUCCUGGCUCCUAGUCCCCCUCCCUCUAACCCACCAGCCCCCACUCCCUUCCUAGAGUCAGGGAGAGAACCCAGGCGUCCUGGCUCCCAGCCCCCCUGCUCUAACCACCAGCCCCCAUUCCCCUCCCAGAGCCGGGGAGAGAACCCAGGAGUCCUGGCUCCCAGCCCCCCUGCUCUAACCACCAGCCCCCACUCCUCUCCCAGGGCUGGGGAGAGAACCCAGGCGUCCUGGCUCCUAGUCCCCCUCCCUCUAACCCACCAGCCCCCACUCCCUUCCUAGAGUCAGGGAGAGAACCCAGGAGUCCUGGCUCCUAGCCCCCCUUAUUCUAACCCACCAGCCCCCACUCCCCUCCCAGAGCCAGGGAGAGAACCCAGGAGUCCUGGCUCCCAGCCCCCCUGCUCUAACCACCAGCCCCCAUUCCCCUCCCAGAGCCGGGGAGAGAACCCAGGAGUCCUGGCUCCCAGCCCCCCUGCUCUAACCACCAGCCCCCACUCCUCUCCCAGGGCUGGGGAGAGAACCCAGGCGUCCUGGCUCCUAGUCCCCCUCCCUCUAACCCACCAGCCCCCACUCCCUUCCUAGAGUCAGGGAGAGAACCUAGGCGUCCUGGCUCCCAGCCCCCCUGCUCUAACCACCAGCCCCCACUCCCCUCCCAGGGUCGGGGAGAGAACCCAGGAGUCCUGUCUGUUACUGCUGCCUCCAUGCGCAGAGGCACAAGCCGCAGCUAUCUCAGCGCAGGGGAUUAGCUGUCUCCUGCACCCAGGGUUGCCAUGUCCCGAGCGUGAUUAGAGGUGACCUGUGACUGGGACAAAAGUCUGCCCUCUUUAUCGCGUCACACUUUGAGUUGUUUUCCAGGCUGCUGGCAGCCUCUUGGAGGGAAGAGGACUGAACCCAGCAGGGUGGGAGAUUGCCUGGCCUCCAGCCCCGAACCAAAUUCCAACUGCCCAGCACUGCUGAGGGCAAGGCUGGGCACCCAGCCUCAUCUCGGCAGGCGCUUCAGGGGCUGGGAACACAUGGGGAUUGGAUAAGCAGCCCACAAAGGAUCUGUAUGGGCCAGCAGGGGUCAGCAGCAAGGCCUGAGCAGGUUCGUUCCACAGCACCAGAGAUUCUCCUCCAAGGAUCCACUCCGGAUAGCUGCUUUAGCUCCUGAGCCGGAGGCUGGUUGGUCACUGCAGAUCCCAUAUCCCCCUUUGGCUGCACACAUCCUAGCUGUCCUCCUGGGCUCCGAUUCCUUGCGGGGUUACCUCAGGAUGAAGGUCUACAGAGAAAAAGAGGAUGUCAUUCUGGACCCAGACACAGCUCACCCCAGUCUGACCCUUUCCAAGGACCGGAGAAGUGUGACAGCCACAAACACAAGGCUGGCUCUGGCUAAUGACCCGGGGAGAUUCGACGUUUACUCCUGUGUGCUGGGCUCUGAUGGCUACAUAUCAGGGACGCAUUAUUGGGACAUGGAGGUGGCCGACACAGGGGGCUGGGCUCUGGGUGUCACUAAGAAGUCCGCCAGCAGGAAGGGAUGGUUCAAUUUCAGUCCCGAGCAAGGAACCUGGGCCAUCCAGCUCUCCAUGGGCCAGUACCGGGAAGUCACUGCAGAUUGGAGCCCGCUGGACCCGCCGCAGAGCCCCAGAAUGAUCAGAGUGUAUUUGGACUAUGAAGGUGGGGUUGUGUGCUUCUAUGAUGCAGACACCAUGGCCCCCAUCCACACCUUCACUACCUCCUUCAAGGGGAAGAUCUACCCAUUCUUCUGGGUCUGGUCUGUAGGGACUUCCCUUAGACUGUGUCCCCCCCGCAACUCUCCAAUAACUGAGGGCACGGUCUAGAGGCUGCUGCCCUUUCUAAGGACAUCAAUGGACAUUGGAUGGUGUUUUGUCUCAGCCAGAGAUUGAAGUGUGAUCAGGGUAAUGCGUCUGCAUUUUAGCCUAUGAUGCAGCAUCUCCCGUAAACACCUCUGUUCUGCCUGCCAUGCUGCCCUUUGUGCAUGGAUGGGAAAUGCUCCCUAAUAAAACCCAAGCAGCCGCUACCUCUUCCUUCCCCUUCUUAAUUGCCGUCUCUGCCACAGUGCCUCCAGAACUCAGGCUGGUGAUCAUGGCUAGGCAGGUGAUCUGCUGUGACUGACUCUUCUUUAUCUUUCC